AAUGGAGAACACCAUAGGUGGUGCCUACAGCCCGGUCCCUCACGGGUAAAACCCUCCCCACCAUUGAGCACAUCAGCAAGGCGCAUUGUCGCGGGAAAGUAGCGUCCAUCAUCAGGGAUCCCAUCCGCCAGCUAAUGAGGACAUAUUCUCUUCCUCUCACUCACUGCUCCUGAGGGAACGUCCUUGCGUCUGAGUGACCUCUCUCUUCCUUGAUGCUGUCGGAGGAUGGUGCCGGAGCAAGGUUUAAUCAACGUGUAGCUGCGGAAUAACACAGUUGACGACAUGUUGGUGAUAAUGACCCUGAUCUGAAUGGAAGGUUGGUCCAGCCUGGGCUCCCUCUGCUUCUGCCUUUACCUCCCGCCGCUUGGCGUCGCCCGCGAGCACGCAGCGAGAUCUCGCGAGAACCAUCCGGAGAGCCGCGUUUGAAUGAGGCGACAGGGAGGCGGCUUGGCGAAAUGGCGUCCGCCUUGGAGCAGUUUGUCAACAGCGUGAGGCAGCUCUCCUCGCAGGGACAGAUGACUCAGCUCUGUGACCUCAUUAACAAGAGUGGAGAGCUGCUGGCUAAAAAUCUCUCUCACUUGGAUACAGUGCUAGGUGCAUUGGAUGUACAGGAACAUUCUCUGGGAGUCUUGGCAGUAUUGUAUGUGAAAUUUUCUAUGCCCAGUAUCCCAGAUUUUGAAACAUUAUUCUCCCAAGUUCAGCUUUUCAUUAGCACUUGUAAUGGUGAACAUAUCAGAUAUGCAACAGACACCUUUGCAGGUCUUUGUCAUCAGUUGACAAAUGCUUUAGUAGAAAGAAAACAGCCAUUGCGGGGCAUUAGCAUUCUGAAACAGGCCAUAGACAAGAUGCAAAUGAAUACUAACCAGCUUACCUCAGUUCAUGCUGAUCUUUGCCAGCUUUGCCUCCUAGCGAAAUGCUUCAACCCUGCUGUUCCCUACCUGGAAGUGGAUAUGACUGAUAUUUGCAAAGAAAAUGGAGCUUACGAUGCAAAGCACUUUUUAUGUUAUUACUAUUAUGGUGGUAUGAUCUAUACAGGACUCAAGAACUUUGAGCGGGCCCUAUAUUUCUAUGAACAGGCUAUAACGACUCCUGCCAUGGCAGUCAGUCACAUUAUGUUGGAAUCUUACAAAAAGUAUAUACUUGUCUCCUUGAUUCUGCAUGGAAAGGUUCAGCAAUUGCCUAAGUACACAUCACAGAUAGUGGGAAGAUUCAUUAAGCCUCUUAGUAAUGCCUACCAUGAAUUAGCACAAGUGUAUGCAACAAAUAAUCCUGCAGAACUUCGAAAUGUUGUGAACAAGCACAAUGAAACAUUCACAAGAGAUAAUAAUAUGGGACUGGUCAAACAGUGCUUGUCUUCUCUUUAUAAAAAGAACAUUCAAAGAUUAACAAAGACAUUUUUGACGUUGUCCUUGCAAGACAUGGCUAGUAGAGUACAAUUAUCUGGUGCCCAGGAAGCGGAGAAGUACGUUCUUCACAUGAUUGAUGAUGGGGAAAUUUAUGCUAGUAUUAAUCAGAAGGAUGGCAUGGUUAGUUUCCAUGACAACCCAGAGAAGUACAAUAACCCAGCUAUGCUUCUCAACAUUGACCACGAGAUGCAAAAAUGUAUAGAAUUAGAUGAAAAGCUUAAAGCAAUGGAUCAGGAAAUCACUGUUAAUCCACAGUUUGUACAGAAGAGUAUGGGAACGCAGGAAGAUGACGUAGGAAGCAAGGCUUCAAGUUAUUCAUAAAAGAAAUUGUGAAGACGGUGGGAAAGAGCAAUAGUAACAAAAGGAGGCAAGUGAAGAAGGUGGAUCAGCAGGAUUAAAACAAGGAAACUGAGGGGAAUGGAUUUAGUUGCAUGAACAUCAGGAGAACAAAUCAACUGUUUUGAUGAGUGAUUCCUCUGUUGUUAAUGCUUUCAGAACUGUUUAUCUUGGCAAAAGAAUCUUAUCGGUAGGAAUAAAUCUAUCGUUGCUUUAUAUAUCAUUGAUUCAUGGUUAACACCAAAACUGUGUUAAAUAAAACUGAUCUUUGGU